AAAACCAAGCCGAAGCCUCGUGUUAGCCUAGCAUAAGUAAACACAGAGUCGCUACUUCCGGUGAUGUUCACAGAUAUGGUACUUCUGCUCGUCUUUGUUCAUGUUUAGAUGAACUUAUCUGCAGAUGGGUCAGGUUUUUAGUCCGGUUAUGUUGGAGCUGUUUUGAGUUUUACGAAGAAUUUCUACGAUUUUUUUACAAACCGGGCAUGCUAACAGCUAAGAGCUAAUCAGUGCAGCUCGUAACGGGACGACCUGCUGCUAAAACUACAUUUUGUUACAACAUGUCGCUGCAUAACGUCCUGUAAAUACUGAUGUGAAGUGUUUUGGGGGGCCCUGCCUCCAAAGAAAUAGACUCCAGGGAGCACGUGUUUAUGGAGAAUGAUGGAAAACCUGGCAGCAAAUAAGAGCCUCGUACCCUGUCAGUCAUGGGGGGGCCAGACUGACUGGUCCACAACUUCAGCUCAAGGAUCCCUCUUCAACACUAUGACCAACUCUCAGCAUCUCAGCCUGGGCUUGUCUUCUGAGCAAAGAUAUAACCACCGGCAGGCGUCCAAUCCGAGCUGCAUGAGCAACAUCGGCACCUUGUCAUCCAGUCAUCACUCCGCCCUGUCCAACUCACUUUUUGCCAGCACUGCUAUCCCGAAUACCUCUCACAGUAUUUCCUUUGCUCAGCAAAGCCCUCACACUUCAUCGAUGCUGCUGACUUCAAAUCAGGGAGCAAAUAUACCUCCACCGGCACUUGUCCAAACAAACCAAGCUCGACAGCCUUGUAGGCCCCAAAAUCUACCCCACGUCCCACCUCACGACCCUUACAAAGCAUCGGUUCAACCUGCGUUAACCCAUCAGGAUUUACUAAGUAGACUCCAAGAGGUGCCUGUUAACCUGGUAUCAUGUGGACAGCGUGCAAGUACCUCUCAAGCUGCUUUUCAAGGAGGGAAUGUGUUUGGUACUGCUCCUGGAUACAAUCACAGCCAGGCCUCAUCUGCUUCUCAGGAGCAGCGGCAGUGGGUACCUUCACCACACUGCAGAGAAGCUGUAAACAAAGAGCCACCACAAGAGGCAAACGCUAGCAAUGACAGGUCUGCACUUUUACAUCAGCGUGCACAGCUACUUCAACAACUGGCAGCGCUGGAUAAACUUCUCGAAAUGGUACCUUCAGAUGACGGCAGUGUUGGACAGUCUUCACACACAGCUGUUCAGUCGCAGCCACAUCUUUCAGCGAAUUGUGCGUCACCUGCAUCCUACGAGGAGGAUAGCCAGGCCUGUGAUGCACCAGAUGAUCCGAUGUCAGAAACAGAACCAGUGGUAAAAAAAGAAAAUGCUUCAGCCGUGUCAGACGACAACAGUGACCCUAACUACAUACCUAACAGUGACGAUGACUUUUCUGAUGCCCAGUCUGAGCCUGAACCUGACAGGGGCUUUUCAGAUGAAUCUAGUCCGAGCAGUCCCUCAACCUCCCCAGAGAAAAAACAGGCUAAAUCCGAAAGUUCUUCGUCUAAGGAAAAAAGUGACAAUCCUCCAGAAGAGACACGUAAAGCAAAACUGAAGAAGCCAUCUGAAGCUGUAGUGUUGCCUAAUUCUAAAGAACAUUGUAAGAGGAGGAAUUAUUGUCCGUUUUGUUCUAAGGCAGUAUGCAAAAUGGCACGGCAUCUUGAGUCGGUCCACAGUGACAAAGCAGAGGUUGCAGCUGCAUUUCAGCAUCCCAAAAACUCCAGGGAUAGACAAAAAAUAUGGAACAGACUUAUAAAUCAAGGAAACUUUGUUCAUAAUAAAAAGGUCUUGAAAUCAGGGAAAGGCCAACUUGCUGUCCGAAAAAGACCAAAGAGUACUGCAACACACCGAGACUUUCUUCAUUGCCUUUACUGUCGCGGUCUUUAUAUGAAGAAUGCUUUGCCCAGACAUAUGAAGUCAUGCCCGGAGAAGGGGAAGGAUGACGAUGAAAAACGGAUCGGAAAAAGGCGCAUUCAAUCGCAGUGUGUGAUUGAAGCUUCGGAUGAUCUUGGCGUAUCUGAUGGUUUUAAAGACCUUUUGACCCAGAUGACAUAUGAUGAUGUGACUCAAACUGUCAUGGAUGACAAGAUUAUCUUACAGUUUGGCGAGAUGUUGUUUAGUCAGCACGGAUCUGAUGUGAAGCAGCAUGAUUAUAUAAGACAAAACCUUCGCCAGUUAGCAAGACUUGUACUUGAAGCUCAAAACAAAACUCAGAUGCAGAAGCUGGAGGACUUCUUUCUUCCAGGAAGCUUCCGACGUGUGGUGUCUGUAGUGAAAGUCCUGGCAGGCUACGAUUCAGAAAAAAAAUCAUACAGCAAACCUUCCCUUGCUAUCAAGCUUGGUUAUCACCUCCAGAAGACCUGUAGCAUUGUUGAGGAUAACGCAGUGAAGCAGGGUGAUGAAAGUUUGGCGGAGUCUGCACGAAGUUUUCUCUCUUUGUACCAGAAAAAAUGGACCAGAUACAUCUCUUCAGGGGCACUAAAAACACUCAGAAAACCAAAAGAGGGUGUAGAAAAAGCUCCAUUUGCUCAAGAUGUGAAGUGCCUGAACUCCUACAUGGAACAAUAUCAUGCUGAAGCUGAGAAAAAACUCAAAGACACUCUCUCUGCAGAAAACUACGCUGCUCUGGCUAAGGUAAUACUUGCUCGAACAAUCUUUUUCAACAGAAGAAGAGCCAGAGAGAUAUCAUUGAUACCACUGACAGCCUUUGCGUCACGGAAAAAGUCAAACGUGCAUUCUGGUACAGAAACACACCUGUCAGAUCUGGAAAGAACCAUGUGUAAGUUCUUUACUAGAAUCGAAAUUCGAGGAAGCUGUGGGAGACUGAUCCCUGUUUUACUGAAAUCAUCAUUCGUGUCUGCUUUAGAGCUUUUGGUAAAAGUUCGUGAGACAUGUGGAGUCCCCAGUAGAAAUUCCUACCUGUUUGCGCGACCAAAGUCGCUGUCUUCCUACAAACCAUCAGAUUGCAUCACAAGAUAUGCCAAAGAAUGCGGAGCUAAAGACCCCGAAUUACUGGCAUCAGCAAAGUUCAGGCAGCAUUACGGAACAAUGCUACAGGUGAUGAACCUGGAUGACCAUGAGGCUGACCAAAUUUUAGGCCCCAACAGUCGGUUACGAGCUCUGCGUCAGGACGGUGGCAUGCUGCUGGGUGAUGUCGAAAUGAACUCUAAUGAGAGACAACCCAGAAGAGGAGAACAAACUGCAUCAUGGGAUCAGGUUGAGUAUCCGAGUGCACGCUUUGGAUCAGCACAAGCAUGGGGAGCAACAACAGAUGACGUGACUGUAUCUCGAAGAUCUGGCAAGUCAGGCAAAAAAGGCAGCCAAAAAUUCGGUAAAAGUAAAUGGGACGAAGCCGAGGUUCUUGCGGUUGAAAGACACUUGAUGCCUUUAAUUAAGGGACACAAAGUUCCCCAGAAAAGCGACUGCAUUCGGUGUCUUGAGGCUGAGCCAGAAGCACUGAGGAACCGUUCAUGGAAAGGUAUAAAGGACUAUGUGAGGAACAGGAUCACUGCCCUGAAAAGACAAAGUGGAACGUACCAUCGCAGCUACAAACAGUAGCUGGACUGAACAAGCAGAACCACAACGGACUACUGGACAUUUUCACUAUGUCAGUUGCAAAAUCUUUUUUAAUUAUUUGCCACCUUCUGUUCCUCUGAAUUCUUCACUGUCCAUCUCCGUUUCAUUUGCAACAUUGGGAGAAUUUCCAUCUGUUAAGAUGGCCAAGCAGAGACAGACAACAAAUGAUUUUUUUUGUGCCAUACAGAUUGGCACUUGUUCUCAGUAAUCACUAAAAUGUUUGUAUGGUUGCAGGAUAUUUAUCUUUACUGUUUUAAGACCGUUAAUCUGUUCUGCAGAUUUAUGCUGCUGAUGGCUAGUUAUUAAGAUUUUGGAGCUCAAAGUUCACUUCUUUGACCAAGUUGAUGUACUAUAUUUUGUUGCUCUAUUUGGUACACUGAUAAACUGUAUUAUGUUGAACUUUUCUUAACAGUUUACCAACAAUAAAGUUCCAAGCGUUAUAUUCUAGAAAUUUAUCUGUGAACCAAAAAUAACAUAAAAUGGUGAACACAUGAUAUAU